UUUCCUAAACAGACCAUUCCUCUCAUGAGUUUCCUUUCUUUCUCUGAAAUUUCCGAUUUCAUUUUCACUCUUCUUUGAAUCUCCAACUCUCUCUCUCUGUCUCAACGCAGUUUCACCUUCGUCUCCUAAGAGUUGUAUUGGCUUCUUGUUCCUCCCAGAUGAGUUUGUGAGUCUAGGCUUCAGUUAUUGCAUCAUCCCUAGUUAUACGCUUUCAAAGGAUCGAGCUUUAUGUAUAGAAGAAGCCCUGUUUUAUCCGUAGAAUCAAAGUGGUAACUUCACAAAAAAACAAAUUGGAAAAAAAAAAGGAUGGUGUUAGGAUGUUUCCCUUUGAAAAGCAAGAAGAAACGUGGCGGCUCGGUUUCUAUGAAGAGGUUAGAUCUCGAAGAAAGCAAACCAAUUGCUUUACCGGAGCCACCUAAACCUCCAAGCCGUAAUCUACAAUCAGCUCCUCCGAGUUUCAGAACCAGAGUGAAGCCAGUUCACUCCUCCAGCAACGGAGAUACUAGCAGCAGAGCGAGAGUGAUGUCUGCUCCUUCAAGCAUCCACGGUACAGCGGAACGUGACUUGCUCGCAGGAGUUUACCACGAGGAGCAAGACGAACAACAACCUAGAGACCCACGUAUCUCCACAAAAGAACCUACCCCACAACCACAACCGCUUCCACUACCGUCUCCAAGAACCGGCUCUUCGUUGAAGAACUGGGGAAGCUUUAAAUCGUUUAACGGAAGCAGCGGGAGGUUAUCUGCAUCAGCAGUAUCCGGACCUCUCCCUUUGCCACCAAGCGGCUCCGUUAGAAGCUUCUCGUACGAUGAAGUGGUCUCCGCUUGUAGUGCCUUCGCUACGGACCGUUGCGUCUCCGAAGGUCUUUCGUCUGUUAUGUACAUGGCUUCGUUUGGCGACGAGGCUGCUGCUUCGACUACAAACUUAAAGAAGGUCGAAGCAACUGUUGUACGUCUUCACGUUGUAACUCAGAGUAUCAGGGAGUUUACUAACGAAGUGAACACCUUGGCGUCGCUGCAACACCAGAAUCUAUGUAAGCUGGUGGGCUAUCACGCACGUGAUGGAUCUGACACGAGGAUGUUGGUGUACGAGAGGCUUGCUCUUGGAAGCUUGGACCGUUUGUUACACGGGAGAUCAGAUGGUCCUCCUCUUGAUUGGAACACUAGAAUGAAGAUCGCGUUAUGCGCAGCUCAGGGGCUAACCUUCUUACACGAAGAAGGCCCGUUUCAGGCAAUGUACAACGAAUUUUCAACGGCUAAUAUCCAAGUGGACAAAGAUUUCAGCGCGAAGCUAUCCGGAUACGGUUGCGUAGGCCACGCGCCCGAGACAGAGACCUCAAACAGUUCAGCACUCGCGAAUCUCUCAGUCGAGACACUAGAGAGAGGAGUCUUAACACCGAAGAGCAACGUGUGGAGCUACGGAAUAGUUCUCCUCGAGAUGCUGACGGGGCGCAAAAACAUGGACGGCUCGUACCCUAAAGAAGAGAGGAACCUUGUGAAAUGGAGCAGAGCUUUUCUAGCCGACGACUGCAGACUCUCGCUUAUAAUGGACCCUCAGCUCAAAGGCCGGUUCCCCGCGAAGGCCGCGAGGAGCAUAGCGGAUAUAGCACAGAGAUGUUUGCAGGCGGAGCCGUCAGAGCGUCCGACGAUGAGAAACAUCGUCGAUCAGCUCAAGAUCAUACAGGACAUGAAGUACUCGUGCAGGUUCCCGUUGCGAGAACCCGCGCCGGCCGCGGUGGGGAAACAUAUGGGGAGAUCGAGCAGUUUGAACACGAUUGUUUGGACUCCUGGGGUGGCAGGGGCUGCGCCGAGGUCGAGCUUCUCGCCGUCGCCUCCGGCGAGGCGGCCGUCGGUUUCGCCGACAAGGGGACGGGGGUUGGUGUUCCCGCCGGUGUUUCCGGCAAGAGUGUGUUCGUCGUUGGAGGAGAUGAGUAGGGAGGAGGUGAGGAGGUUGUCUUCGGUCAGUGGUAGGAGAACUAGUCUUGAAGGGUUUUGAUUUGUUUAUAUCUCUCAUUUGUUUUUUUUCUUCUUUUUAUUGGCUUUGAUUUGUUUUCUGGAUUCCAAAUAUAUGAAAGUUUGUUUUUCUUUUUCAAUGUUGAAUCCGAACGUCGAGAGAGAGGGAGUGUGUUGUUGUUGUUGUAUAUAAUGAAACUUUCUUCUUCAGACAAA